UUCCCCUCGCCGCUCUGCGCCCCGCGUCCCCGCCCUCGGAGUCCCGCCACCCCGGCUCGCCUCGAUUCGGCGCCGCGAUCCCGGGCCAUGCCCCGCUACGAGUUGGCUUUGAUUCUGAAAGCCAUGCGGCGGCCAGAGACAGCUGCUGCUUUGAAACGUACACUAGAAUCCCUGAUGGACCGAGGAGCCAUCGUGAGGAACCUGGAAAGUCUUGGUGAGCGUGCACUUCCUUACCGGAUCUCCAGCCACGGCCAGCAGCACAGCAGAGGCGGGUAUUUUCUGGUGGAUUUUUAUGCCCCAACCAGUGCUGUGGACGGCAUAUUGGAUCACUUGACUCGAGACAUUGAUGUAGUGAGACCAAAUGUUGUGAAACACCCGCUGACCCAGGAAGUAAAAGAGUGUGGCGGCAUAGUCCCAGUCCCGCUGGAAGAGAAACUGUAUUCAACAAAGAGGAGAAAGAAGUAAGAUGAUCCAGACCUCGGCCGCACACCUAAUCCCAAGUACUCUGUGGCUGCUGAUGGCUUGUUUUCUAGGAUGCUCUAGCCCGUGAUCCUUCUGCUGACUGAGACCUGCCCUGUCAUCUCUGGUGCCUACAGACCAAUCUCGGUUUUGUCAGCACUGUGGGAUCGCCAGUGAGGGGCUCACCUUACCUCUGCAGCGUUGGGGAGAGCAAAUUGAUUGUCAUUCACACUUGGUUGUCUUGCAAAACUAUAUGGAAACCAGAGCGCAGAGUAAUAAAUGUGACUACCAAUCUGA